AGAGAAGAUAACUGAGUCAAUCUUGCAACGAUUAACAAUGGCUUCAACCGACAAGUCACCGGACCCAACGCCGGCGAAGGGUCAGGAUCCAACUCCGGGGAAGCCGAUGAGUGUUGGUCAGCACGUGAUCGACAAGAGUGCAAUGAUGGUGCAGUCGCUGGACCCCAUUAAGCAGAUGAGUCAGCACGUGUGCUCCUUCGCUAUCUACAGCCAUGACAUGUCUCGCCAGAUAGAGACACAUCACUACUGCUCCAGACUCCACCAGAACUUCAUACAAUGUGCUGUCUAUGAUUCCGAUGAAUCCAAAGCUCGUCUCCUCGGGGUGGAGUACAUCGUUCCUGCUGAUGUCUUUGAAGCCUUUCCUCCGGAGGAGCAGAAACUUUGGCAUUCUCAUGCUUAUGAGAUUAAAUCAGGCCUGUUGGUGAAUCCUAGAGUUCCUGAGGUUGUUGCCAUGCCAGAGCUCGAAAACCUUGCCCAAACUUACGGCAAAUUCUGGUGUACAUGGCAGGUUGACAGAGGGGAUAGGCUUCCUAUGGGUGCACCUGCCCUGAUGAUGUCUCCACAAGCAGCGAGUCCUGGUUUGGUGAGGGCAGAACUGGUGCUUGAGAGGGAUGCCAAGUACAAUUUUUCCUCAAAGAGCCUGAAAAGCUCAAGAUUGGAGAUUCCUGAGCCAGAGAUGAUCAACCCCUUGGCUGAUUAUUGGAAGCAACAUGGCAAAGGAUUUGUCAUUGACAUCGAGGAGACUGAGAUGAAGUUGAGGCCACCUUUUCCUUGAAUAUAUAUAACUCUUUGUCUGAUUUUGAGUGAAUAAAUCAGAAUUAUAUAUAAAUAUGUAUGCAAUUAAGUGGAUAAGUUAAAUAAAUUAAAUAUAUGAAAUGUUUGGCCGUGUGCCUUUACAUAAAAAUGUUAAUGGCUUAUAUUUAAGUGUUUUUAAUUAAUGAUAAUGUUUUUCAACUGUACUUAA